AUGGCUGAUCGUGGAGGAAUUAAACGAAAAGCUCUUUCUGUUACUGACAAGUUAAACAUUUUAAAAAUGUACGAUGAAAAAAGUGUCAACAAAAAUCAAAAAGAAAUUGCAAAAGAAAUGGAUUUACCUGCAUCGACCCUACGAACAAUUUUGGCAAACAGAAGUAAAAUUGAGAGCAGUGCAAUGACCGGUAGUUGUAAACGACAAAAAAUAAAACAUGGUAAAUUCGAUGAACUAGAACAUAUUUUAUCUGGUGGCUGGAUUGAUCGGUUCAAGAAAAGGCAUGGUAUUGUAUAUCGACAAAUUUGGGGCGAAGCAGAGUCCGUUAAUGACGCUGAUAUCGCUGCAUGGAGUGAAAAUAUUUUGCCAAAUAUUUUAAAAGAAUACUCUUCUUAUGAUAUAUUCAAUGCAGAUGAGUUUGGGUUAUUUUUUAAAUUGAUGCCUGAUAAAUCUUUGGUGUUUAAACGUGAAAAAUGCCAUGGUGGCAAACUAAGUAAAGAACGUCUAUCAGUUUUGGCAUGUACAAAUGCUACUGGCUCUCAAAAGUUAAGACUUCUAGUUAUUGGAAAAAGUAAAGCUCCACGUUGUUUUAAAAAUGUACGUACAUUUCCAUGUGAUUACGUAUCACAAAAUCGUGCUUGGAUGACAGGUGAUAUUUUUAUAAACUGGAUAAAACAAUUAGACCUCUCUUUUAAAAAACAGAAUAGGAACAUUUUACUGUUUGUAGAUAACUGUCCUGCACAUCCUACUACUAUUCCACUUGAAAACAUAAAACUUGUUUUUUUACCCCCAAACGCAACAGCCAAAUUACAGCCUCUGGAUCAAGGUAUUAUCAAGGUUUUAAAACAAAAAUAUCGAAAAAAAUUGGUUUUACGAUACUUGAAAGAAAUGGAAAGUAAAAAUCCCGCGAAAAAAGUUGACGUACUCGAUGCAUUACACUACGUAUCUGCAGCAUGGGAUGAAAUUACGGCUGAUGUCAUUAAAAAUUGUUUUCGAAAAUCAUAA